AUCUCGUGUWUGUUGAUGAGGKUUUCGUGAACGUUUUCCACGAUAAUUCUCCGUGUUUGUUGCAACAUUUAAGACGUUUUGAAUAUUGUAGAAAUAGUGUAGGAUGUACUUUGAUUCAAUUACUGGAGAACACAGCUAUUCACACUCUGAAGUAACAGUCUCAGAGUCUGUUGAAGUAAUGGAUGAUUCKUCAAUCCAGCAAGCUGUAAAUUCACCCAUUCAAGGAAUUAACCUUUCAGACCUCAUUGCUGCUGCAGCUGCCGCAGAAUCAGCUAAUAACACAGGAAGCYCAAUCACAGCCUUAGAUUCUAUUGAAGACUUGGGUAGCAAUGCAGAAAAUACAAAUGCUGGUGGUGGUACAGGAAACCCAAAUGCUGAUUGUGAUUCAGCAAAUUCAAACACACGGAACCCAAAUGCGGUUUUUGAUUCUAACACAGGGAACCCAAAUGGUGUUAUAACUGAGGGUGGUGAUAUUCCCACAGUGUAUUUAAAUGAAGAUGCAUUGUCAAGUGUGAURUCAUCACAAGGUCUCAUGACAUCAGUGUUUCAAGUGAGUAACCUAACCGWUAGCAAUGAGAGCAAUUCCCCAAUAAUUGUCAUUCAAACUUCAUCAGAUAUUCAUGAAGGAAAUGCAAGCCAAUCUGAAAGUAACACAAGUGAGCAUGCUCAGACAAGUCACAAGUGUCCUCACUGUGAAUCCCAGUACACAARUGCAAAACUCCUGGAAUUCCACRUGCGUCAACACAAUGUAGACUUCAAAUGUGAGCAGUGCCAGAAAACGUUUCCUAAGAAACAUAAUCUUUAUUAUCAUAAGAAAACAGCUCAUAAUUUAGAGAAAAAGGAGCAGACUUGUGAAUAUUGUGAUGUAAAAUGCACCAAUAAAACAGAAUUACGAGCGCACUGGUUAUCAAAAUGCCCAGUUAAGAGGUUURCKUGCAGUCAUUGUGGAAUUCAAUUCAGACGAAAGGACCAGUGCAUUGUCCAUGAGCGAGUUCACACUGGUGAGCUACCUUUCAAAUGYUCACAYUGUGACAAAGGUUUCCGUAGUAAUAUGCUGCUUAAACARCACCUUCCUUUUCAUACUGGUGAGYACCGSCACAUUUGUCAAACUUGUGGUGAAGCAUUUAUGUGGCGGUCUGGUCUGGCYAAGCAUAUAAAAAGUAAAUCYUGUAAUAAACUACGGAGGAAGCGUGCAAGGGGUAAAUGYGGAAGUACCUACAAAAACAAGCAAAUUGAUGUUGGAAAUUCAACUGAAAGCACUAUUCAUGGUGAAAAUGAUGAAACCAGCAGCACUUGCAAUUCAGAGCAAACUGAGGAGAAUCAAAUUUUAGAAAAUCCUGGUCRAUCUGGUACAARUGAAACUGUUAUGGUGACUUCCAUGGAUAGUAUCGCUCAAAGUUCUGAUARCACUGUUAAAAGACCGGCCGAGUCCACUGUUGCCAACGAUAUWAAUCUUCCAGUUGAUGCAAUGAGUGAGUCUUUGAUGGAUAGUAGCAUUCAWGGUUCUCAUGGCGAAACUGAUUUGCCCGUGGUAGAGACCAGUGUAUCUGGUAAUGUGCAAGAUCCAAGUGGUACCACUGAAUCAGUGACUGAGACCACUGUUUCUGAUAAUGAUGAGGGUCCAAGUGAAUCAGAAAUGGAAACCUCUGUUUCUGGUAAUGGUGUAGGGCAAGGUAGCACAAGUGAUUCAGUGACRGAGACCUGUGUAGCUAGUAAUGUUCAAGGUCCAGAUCUCGGUCUUCAAGUAACGAUACCAUCUACGUCUGAAACUGAUAUCGUUGCUACUGCACUGUCGCUAUCAGCUGCUGUUUCUGACAAUAUUGAUGCCAAUGAAGAACAGUGGAAUAGCAAUGAGGAUUCAGUUAGUGCAAUUGAGCUUGAAAAUGGAGUAGAUAAUGCUGCAGUAGCAAACAGCAGUGGGACAUACUCGUGCGAGCAUUGCCAUCGCGUAUUCUCAAGUAUAUUUUUCCUUGAAAARCACUUGCUYUUGCAUAACGGUGAAGCAGKGUUCAARUGUACACAGUGUGAACGAAMGUUUGUCAAUAAAGCGCACUUAAAGAAACAUAUUAAGCUAAUACAUGAUCAAAAACGAGUUCAUUCAACGAAGUGCAUGAGCUGUGACAAACACUUUGACAGCAGCGAAGCACUACGCCURCACAAGAAGACUUGCACACAAAAAUCAGAUGUGGAAUGUACAACAUGUGGAAAGGAAUUCAAAUGGAAAUCGCAGCUCAUUGACCAUGAACGUCUCCAUACGGGCGAAAAACCUCACGAAUGCAGAAUUUGUAAGAAAUAUUUCCGGUUAAAGAGCAAUCUUAAGCGCCACAUGACAAGCCAUUCUGAAGAAAGGCCACAUCUUUGCAGUAAGUGCGACAAGUCAUACAAGAGAGUUGAGCAGCUUCAGAUACAUAUGAAAAGUCACGAAAAAGAAAAGGUUGUACACAAAUGUGAAUUGUGUGGCAAGGUGUGUAAAAGGUCGGGMGCUUUGUCAACCCAUCUUAAAAGYCACGCCCGUCAAGAAGCCGAGGCUGGCGURACAUACAAGUGCGAUGUCUGCGAAAGGGUGUUUACAGAUAAGAAACCUUAUAAAAUACAUGCUAAAAUUCACACGGAGGAUGCAGCUUUCUCUUGUUCAACAUGCGGUAAAGCAUUCAUUUGUAAUUCCCAUCUGCUUCGUCACCAGAAAGCUUUUGAAAACUGCGAGACUUGCACAUGCGAAAAGUGUGACAAAGUUUUUCAUGUUGAGAAAGAAAGAGAUGUCCAUCUUAAAGAGGUGCACGACGAAGCUCGUGAAUCAUUAAGGAAAUCUUGUAACGCAUGUGGCAAAACAUUUCGUGGCCGUUCGCUGUUGAUGAGACACGAGAAAGCUUUUGAAAACUGCGAGAUAUAUUCAUGCGAACAGUGUGACAAGGUUUUCCACACKGAAAAGGAAAARAACACUCAUCUUGAAGAAGUUCAUGGUGAAGUGCGUGAAUCAUUGAGGAAAACGUGUGAUACAUGUGGAAAAACUUUUAGUUGCCGAGCUAACCUGAUAAGACAUGAGAAAACCUWUGAAAACUGCGAGACAUAUUCAUGUGAACACUGUGACAAGGUUUUCCACACUAAGAAAGAUAAGGAAAUUCAUUAUAACAAGUGUCAUGUUGAAAACGACGAAGAAACCACUUGCUGCAGUACGUGUGGGAAGCAAUUUACUUGCAAGGCUAAUAAAAUUCGUCAYGAAAAGGCGUUUUCAGACUCUGAAACUUUUCCUUGUGAUCAGUGCGAUAAAGUCUUCCACUCUUCAAAAGAUAARGGAAUUCAUUAUAGCAAGACUCAUUCAGAAAAUAAUGCAAGCAUCAAUGAGCCAMAGGUYCAUUCAUGYAGUAUAUGURARAAGACUUUUGAAAACAAGAGAGGCCUCUCGACGCAYKCYCGAAUACAYGUYAACUCAUCAGCCUCGCCACCAACGUUUUGUGAUGACGUUUAUCYAAGUKCACAUGAAGACCAGAAAACUUACUCUUGUGAGGAGUGUGACMAAGUCUUUGAGAAUUUCUCUGGUUAUAAAAUCCACAUAAGUUUUCAUGAAAGCCCAGARCCUUUGACUUGUUCUUACUGUGAAGAGAUGUUCAUAUCUGUAGGUCAGUUAAAUCUGCACAUGAGAGAGCACAAUGACCUAGGAGAGYAUAAAUGUGACGUAUGUGAAAAAACGUUUCUUUCUGCAGAAGGCCUUGGAAGACAUUCASUACURCAUAAGGAUACGUWYACGUGUGACAUUUGCAAUGUUACAAUAGCUCGGUCCAACUUUGCGCGGCAUCGGCGUAUCCAUGAAAAAGAGAAGCAGACAUUCUCUUGCGAACAUUGCAACAAAGUGUUUGAUAAACUCUCCAGCUAUACAAGCCAUUUGAAAUUUCACGAGAGUCCAGAGCCUCUCCAAUGUUCUUUCUGUAAUGAUAUGUUCAUAUCGGAAGGCCAUCUUCAAAUUCAUAUGAGGGUGCAUAACAGCGGCGGGUCCCACACUUGUAAUGAAUGUGACAAGUCAUUCCGCACUUUAGAGUGCUUGGCAAGGCAUCAGUCUGUCCACAAGGAAAAGGUUCACUCRUGCAAAGUUUGCAAUAAAUCUUUCAGGCUMCCCUAUGAGUUAACUAGACACGAACGUAGCCAUACUCUCGACGGUGARCCCAUCACGUGUGAAAUCUGCCAAAAAGUUUUCAAGAGGCUCUCGAGUUACAAAACACACCUGCGAUCACACGAAAGUCCCGAGCCUGAAGAAUGCCAAGAKUGUGGUGCUGUAUUUAUGUCCUUAGCGUUGUUGGAUGCGCAUAGAAGGAUACAUAACAGAGAYGGGAAUUAUAAGUGUACUAUCUGUGAUAAACAGUUCAGAACCAAGGAGCAUUUAGCUGCCCACAAGACCGUCCAUAAAGAGAAAACACUCGAGUGUCCAACGUGCAACAAGAAGUUCAACAGCGCGCAAAAUCUUGCUAGGCAUAAAAAGAUCCACAUUAAAGAUAAUUCAAAACAGCUGACUUGCUCWAARUGUGASAAAGUGUUUAAUAAUAUAUCGGGYUAUAAGACCCACAUGACCUUCCAUAAGAGUGACAAACAAGUAGAAUGCCCGCAUUGUGAUCAAGUGUUCGAUUCUGUUGGACUKUUAAAUGUACACACAAGAUGYCAUAACSAGGAGGGGUCCCACAAGUGUUCUAUUUGUAAAAAGGUAUUUCUUACACGUUCGCGUCUUGAUAAUCAUCUCCCACUCCACAAGGCCAAGAAGUUCAGCUGCAACGUUUGUCAAAAGACGUUUUUAACAGCAUCAAGACUUGCUGCUCAUGGGCGGACACACAGAGAAGGUGACUCAAAAAAUGUUAAGUGUGAAACAUGCGGCAAGGAAUUUUCGAGAAUAUCAAGUUACAAAGCACACAUUAGAAUACACCAAGCUUCUGAACCAGUGAUUUGCAAGCUCUGUGGCGAACAGUUCUCUUCUUUGAAUAGUCUGGAUAUACAUAUGAGGUCUCACAACCACGAAGGGUCCCAUGAAUGUYGUAUUUGUCUGAAGAAAUUCCUGACAAAGAAGGGCUUAUUUAGACACAAUAUUUCCCACAGAGAGAAGACKUAUACAUGUACCAUCUGUGACAAGGGGUUUCCUACUUCAAGUAGACUCCAAGAUCAUUCCAAAACCCACAGCAACRGURAUAAUCAUAACAAUUUUAAGUGUAUGGAAUGUGGGAAGGAGUUUUUUCGACUGACAAGUUACAAGACCCAUCUUAGAAGUCAUGAGGGAACKGAGCCAGUAAGUUGCAAGUACUGCGGAGAGGAAUUUCUACGUUUGGCUCAACUAGAUGCACACUUAAGGACCCAUAAUAAYGAAGGCACGUAUACAUGCCCAGUGUGUGACAAGACAUUUCGCUCAAAGAAACGUCUUGUUGUACACAAAGUGCUUCAUCGUGACAAGCCGUACAUGUGUAUUGUUUGUAAGCAAAACUUCCAAACUGCAGCUCAACUGGCCAAACAUUCAACCAGACAUGAGAUAAGUGAUUCUUCACAGGAUGAAAGAGACAAAAAACCUGCCAGKAAAGAACAYCUACAAUGCUCCCAGUGUGAAAAGACUUUCACYUCAAGACUUGAGCACAGCCURCAUGUCAGAAUGCACAGCAGGAGGAAGCCAUUUCAAUGUAGCAAGUGUAACAAAGGCUUUGAAAAUGAGUUGGAUCRUGACACACAUGCUGCAGGUCAUGAAGAAUCCACGUUCAUGAUCAAGUGUUCUCACUGCGACAGGUCUUUCAAGGGUGAACAGUACCUUCGUAAGCAUGUACUUGCAAAGCAYAAGAGRAAGUCAGCUGUCAAGUGUUCAAUGUGUGACAGAAACUUCUGGACAAGRUUUKCUCUUMUUAUGCAUCAAAGAAGCCAUCGCCAACCAUUAAAUAAUUCCACAUCAAGCARYAAAUCACCAGCUAAUGAUAUAUCAGCYGUCAGUAGCAGUAAAAAAGCACUUAAUGCUAAGGCAUCAAUAAGCAGUCACCUUAAAACAAGUGACAAAUCUUCCAACAAAGCAGAGACAAGUCAUUUAAAGCUGAAAAGAAAGCAGGUUUCAAGAAAUGCAGYRAGUAAACCUUCCAUGUUGGUAUCUCAGAGCAAGAAAAAACGCCCAAAAUGCUUGAAAUGUGGUAAAACAUUUAMAACUCAAGGYCACCUCAAGCUACACAGUCAAGUACACAACAAGGAAACAACUAAAGGAGAUCAUCAGGAACAUGUGAAAACUCACGAAACCAGUCAAAUUGGUUUUAMUUGUUCAGUAUGUAACCAGGACUUUAAGACAAGGGCAAGUUAUUCUGCUCAUUGYCACUCUCAUUCCAACUCARUGCCAUGUCUGUGUAGAGUUUGCAACAGGGUUUUUUCAUCGCUUGAAGAACUUGAUAGCCAUCAAAGGACACACAAGUAAACUGCCAUUACAAAAUAUCUUUUUAUCUUCUCAAAGUUGAUGUUCAGUUGAUUGUUGUAACAUGGUGCUAGGUUAGAAAUAGGACAUUUGUAAAAAGCUGAAGCCGAGAGCAAAAUAAAAGACAAAGAAAUGAAGUCAAGUGUUCAUCCAUCCUUUUUAGAGUCAAUUUCAUCCAUCUGUGAAAU